AUGAAGUUUUUGUCAAUUGCUGCUAUUGCAGGUGUUAUUUCUGCUGCUACCGCUCAAGUUUUGCCUGCUAUCACCGAUCUUCCUCAAGAAGAUGCUUAUUUGGUUAAAAGAGGCUGGAAUAAGCAUAAAGAUAAUGACCAAGAAACUACUUACUGGGUCACUGAGUAUGCUCCUUCUACAACUAUGGUUACUGUUACCAAGUGUUCUAAAGGUAAAUGUUCCAAUCAUGCUACUCCUACUGGUGUUACUAAAACUACAACUGUUCACUCUGGUGUUACUACUGCUUAUACUACUUACUGUCCAUUGACCACUUCUCACGAAGUCAUCAAAUCCACCUGUUCUAAGACCCUUGUUGUUCAUUCUACUAAAUCAAAACCAUGGUACUGGCACUGGCCAAAACCAACUGACUGUGAUAAAUCCACUUCAACUUACAAGCCAACCGGUGGUAUCACAAAAACUAGUGUUGACAUCCAUCCAACUCCGACCCUUUCGACCACCUGUAGCACUAGCAAGUAUACAAAGUUCUUCUGUGUUUACACCAAGACUAAAUGUUCCAUAUUUACUUGUUCAGGUACUUCAUCAUCUUUGCUCUCUACCAGUGAAUCAACUACAAGCAGUUAUCUUCCAACUACAACCCAACCACCAGUUACUACUACAUCCACUCAAGCUACUUGUGUCCCAACUAAAGUAACUUCCUGUACUACUAAAUCCAAGAAAAUAUUGUUCUUGGUCUAUAAGACUACAUCAUGUGGUGUUUAUACCAAGUGUGGCAGCAUGUCCACUUUACUUUCUACUUCAGUUGAAAGCACCACUAGUACUGAACCAACCACCCAAGCUACUCCAACUGUCUCAACUACUUGUUCAACUAGCAAAUAUACUUCCAAACAUUGUGUCUACACCAAGACUAAAUGUUCUGUUUUCACUUGUUCCGGUACUUCAUCAUCCUUGCUCACUACCAGUGAAUCAACUGAAAGUAGUACUCUCCCAGAAACUUCCUCUGAAGUAACUACUGAACCAACCACUGAAGUUACCACUGAAGUUACCACUGAAGCUACCACUGAAGCUACUACUGAACCAACCACUGAACCAACCACUGAAGCUACCACUGAACCAACCACUGAAGCUACUACUGAGCCAACCACUGAAGCUACUACUGAGCCAACCACUGAAGUUACCACUGAACCAACCACUGAAGCUACUCCAACUGUCUCAACCACUUGUACCGUCAGUAAGUAUACUUCCAAACACUGCGUCUACAAGACUACUGUCUGUUCUGUUUUCACUUGUUCAGGUACUUCAUCAUCAUUGCUCACUACCAGUGAAACCCUUGAAAGUAGUACUCUCCCAGAAACUUCCUCUGAAGCUACCACUGAACCAACCACUGAAGCUACCACUGAACCAACCACUGAAGCUACUACUGAAGCUACCACUGAAGCUACUACUGAACCAACCACUGAACCAACCACUGAACCAACCACUGAACCAACCACUGAAGCUACUCCAACUGUCUCAACCACUUGUACCGUCAGUAAGUAUACUUCCAAACACUGCGUCUACAAGACUACUGUCUGUUCUGUUUUCACUUGUUCAGGUACUUCAUCAUCAUUGCUCACUACCAGUGAAACCCUUGAAAGUAGUACUCUCCCAGAAACUUCCUCUGAAGCUACCACUGAACCAACCACUGAAGUUACCACUGAAGCUACCACUGAAGCUACUACUGAACCAACCACUGAACCAACCACUGAACCAACUACUGAAGAUAUUUCUAUCCCAGAACAAACUUCUUGUUAUACCACUGUUCCAACUACCGCCAGUGAUGAAACUAUUAUCACUUCUUACACUACAGAAACUGCUUAUACUACUUCUAUUGUCACAGUUACUUCAUGUCACCAUGAUGCUUGUGAGACUAAAACUACCAAAACUGGUGUUGUUGUUAUUACUGUAACCACCACUGAUGUUGAAACAGUUUACACCACUUACUGUCCAUUGACUACCACUUAUGCUGUUUUCCGUGUUGCUAAAAUUGAUAUGAAAAAGAGAGGUGAAAUGGAAUCUGUCACUGCUGAUAACACCAGCUCAUGGCCAGCAUCUACUUUAGUUCCAUCUGUUUGGCUCUCAAAUGCUACUGAUAAUGUCAGUACUUUUUCAGCUGCAGGUAACCCAGUUAUCCCAAGCAUUAGUGCUGUUGCCGGUAUCAUUACCGGUUUGUUACUUUUGCUUUAG